CCUGUCAGCCAUGUUUUCGGGACAGACACUGCGCCAGCACUUAGGGCAACAGGUUUAGCGGCUCUUUGAAUAAGCUGCGACGCAGUCGACCCCAUUGUUUUUCGAAACAAAAUGAAGGAUAUGCAUACAGGACAAUGACAAGGACUCGAUAAAGCUGGAGUUAAGAAAAGUGAAAUUUGGAAGCUAUAUUUGUCAGCAACAUAAAGAUGGCUAACAGCUAGCCGGGCACAUUUGGGACUAAUGGGACUAGGAUGGCUCAGUUUCCCACAGCCAUGAAUGGUAAUCCAAAUAUUUGGGCUAUCACCCCAGAGGAAAGAGCCAAACAUGACAAACAAUUUGAUAGUCUUCAUCCAUUAUCAGGCUUUAUUUCAGGUGAUCAGGCUCGAAAGUUCUUUUUGCAGUCUGGGCUACCUGAAUUGGUACUUGCUGAUAUAUGGGCCCUUGCAGAUAUAAACAAGGAUGGAAAAAUGGACCAGCAAGAAUUUUCAAUAGCCAUGAAACUCAUCAAACUAAAAUUGCAAGGUCAGCUCCUGCCUUCAACCCUCCCUCCUGUUAUGAAGCAACUUCCAGUACCAUCUUCGUUAGUGUCCUCACGCUUUGGAAUGGGAAGUAUGCCAAACCUUUCAAUCCUCCCCAGCCUGCCUGUAUUUACUCCCCUGGUACCCACAUCAUCUAUGACCUCAGUUACUACCAUGCCUUCCUCUGGAAUCUCGACCCCUAUUGUGCCUUCGAUCAGCACACCAUCAUUGCCAAAUGGAACUUCUGGUCUUCUCCUUCCCCUUUCUGUACCUCUUUCUUCAACUUUGACACCAGCUGGCUCCUUGUCAUCAUCAUAUCUUGGAUUUGGAAAUAUAGGCAUGCAAAAAGCACAGUCUUUGAUUGAUUUGGGAUCUAGUAGUUCUAAUUCUUCUUCAUCGACAUCUCUUGCCGGAAGCUCACCCAAGACAGGAUCCACUGAUUGGUCAGUGCCCCCGUCCUCUAGACUGAAAUAUAGACAGUUGUUCAAUACACUUGACAAAUCCAUGAGUGGCUACCUGUCUGGCUCACAAGCCAGGAAUGCUCUUCUGAUGUCAAAUCUUACCCAGACCCAGCUGGCUACAAUCUGGAACCUGGCUGAUGUUGACAAAGAUGGAAAGUUAAAGGCUGAGGAGUUUGUGUUAGCUAUGCAUCUGGUUGACAUGGCUAAAAGUGGACAACCUCUUCCACUCUCCCUGCCUCCAGAUCUUGUUCCUCCAUCUUACAGAUUAGGAAAAUGGGGUGAUGCAAUCAAUGGAACAGUGUCCCCAUAUCAGGGAGUGACUGAGAAUACCACAGAGCCAUCGCAAAAAAAAAAUGCAGUUACAUUUGAGGAUAAAAGAAAGGAGAAUUAUGAACGUGGGAAUGCUGAACUGGAGAAGCGGAGGCAGGCUCUGCAGGAGCAGCAGCAGCGUGAAGCAGAACGCCGUGCCCAGCAAGCACGUGAGGAACAAGAACGCAGAGAUCGUGAGCAGCGUGAACUGGAAAGAAAAAGGCAGCUGGAACAGGAGCGCCGACUUGAGAAACAACGUGAAAUUGAAAGGCAGAGAGAAGAGGAUCGUUUGAGGGAGAUAGAGCGCAGAGAAUCUGCAAAAAGGGAGCUUGAAAGGCAAAGGAAGCUUGAAUGGGAGAAAAAUCGGCGUCAGGAGUUACUAAACCAGAGGAACCGAGAACAGGAAAAUAUUGUUAGACUAAAAGCAAAGAAGAAGAGCCUGGAACUUGAACUAGAGGCAGUGGGAGAUAAACACCAGCAGAUCUCAGAAAGGCUGCGUGAUGUACAAAACAAGAAAUUAACACAGAAAAAUGAUUUAGAUCUCAUUGAUCAGAAACGUGAUCGUCGCAUCAUGGAGAUCAGCAACUUGCAGCAGCAGUUUGAGGACUAUCAAAAAAAGCUUUCUUUGCUAAUUCCUGAACAGCAGCUGCUCAAUGAAAGAAUUCAAAAUCUAAGCUCUAACAAUGUGCAACCAACAUCACUAUCAUUAUUAAUAAAAAAGAAAACAGAAAAAGAAGGCUCUUGCUGUAAACUUAAAGAACAGUUGGAUGCACUUGAAAAAGAAACUUCUACAAAACUGUCUGAAAUGAACACAUUCAACAGUGAUCUUAAGUGUGAGGAUAUGGAUGACUCUGCACUUCAGUGCCUUCUGUCUUUACUAGGCUGUCUCACCAACCUCUUCCUCUUAAUUAAGGAACUGCGACAGUGUCAAACAAAGCAACAGCAGGCCCUUGAACAGCUUUAUAAAACCAAAGAAGAAAAGCUGCGAGAAUUGGAAAGAAGGAAAGAGGAAGAGGUUUUAAAAAAAAGGGAAGAGGAAGAUGCAAUCAGAAAAGCCAAACAAGAAAAAGAGAUUCUUUGGAGAGAAAAGCUGAAACAAGAAGAGGAAGAAAAACACAAGAAAAUUCAAGAAGAGCGUGUCCAGAAAAUACGCUUGGAGGAGAGACUAGAAGCUGAAGCCAGAAAGAAGGAAGCUGAAGAAAUGGCUGAAAGAGAGCGCAAAGCUUUAGAAGCCAAAAAGCUCAGAGAACAAGAAGAAUUAAAAAGAAAAGCAGAUGAAGAGAAAAACAAACAGAAUCAACUUAAAAGGCAAACAGAGAGGAGAAGCUGGAAGAAUGAGAACAUUAAUUCUGAUGAACAUAAAAACUGGCAAGAAGCACUGAGUGAUCAGCCAGGUUUGGAAAAACUAAGCAACUUGAAGAAUAGUACCCACAAAGAACUAUCAUCUGUACUUAAAAUGGAAAGCGUAAAUGAAAGGAAAAUGAAUGAAGGUUUCAAGACAGGCCCAUCAGGCCCAAUGAAAUCAGGGACUUUAGUCCCCUACAGAGCACUUUACCCUUUUGAAGCAAGAAAUGAGGAUGAACUCUCUUUCAGUGCUGGUGAUAUAAUAGAGAUUAAUGAAGCAAGUUUAGAAGAAACAGGGUGGUUUUAUGGAAGUUUACAAGGUCGUGCAGGGUGGUUUCCAGCAAAUUAUGUGGAGAAAAUAGCUGAGGAUAACGUCUCUAAAAAAGCUUUACUUCCUCCUACUUUAUCAAUAUCAUCUACCUCAUUUUCACCUAGCCUGACAUCACCAGGUAGAACAAAAAGUGAUACUGAUUUCGAAAUGAGUAAUCACACAGCAACAUUAAGUGGAAACAUGCGGCAAAAUUCUGCCUUUACUCCAGCAGUGGCACCGGUGUCAAAUUCCCCAGAGCUUAAUCAGGAUCAAGUUGCCAGUAUUUGUCAGGCGCAGGCAUUAUGUUCUUGGACAGCAAAGAAGGAAAACCAUUUAAACUUUUCAAAAGAUGAUAUCAUCACGGUUCUUGAGCAGCAAGAGAAUUGGUGGCUAGGGCAGCUCCAAGGUACCAAGGGCUGGUUUCCUAGAUCUUACGUCAAAAUAAUUUCUGGAAGUGAGCAACAAAUUGAACCUGUUUAUGCAUCUGUCAGCAAGGAGCCAAACACUGUUAUUGAAACACAAGCAGAAGAAUAUAUAGCACUUUAUAAUUAUGAAAGCCCAGAGGCUGGUGAUUUGACAUUCAACGAAGGUGACACAAUCAUGGUGACACAGAAAGAAGGAGAGUGGUGGACAGGAAGCAUUGAAGACAGAACUGGAAUCUUUCCUUCCAACUAUGUCAGGCCAAAGGAGACUGAUAGUUUGUGCAAUGUAAUUAGAUCAGGAGUAUUAAAUAAAAAACCAGAGAUUGCUCAAGUAACCACUGCAUAUACAGCAGCAAGCCCCGAGCAGCUCAGCCUGGCUCCUGGGCAGCUUAUUCUCAUUGAAAGUAAAAAUCAGUCAGGAUGGUGGCAGGGAGAGCUACAAGCUAGAGGAAAAAAACGUCAAAAAGGAUGGUUUCCUGCUUCACAUGUGAAAGUUAUGGGGCCUAGCAGUGGCAAGAUAACUCCAGCUUCCACUUCAGUGUGUCAGGUAAUAGCAAUGUAUGACUAUUCAGCCGUGAAUGAAGAUGAACUUAGUUUUUGCAAAGGGCAGCUCAUCAAUGUUCUGAACAAAAAUGAUUCGGACUGGUGGCAAGGAGAGGUCAAUGGAGUAACUGGCCUCUUUCCUUCAAAUUAUGUAAAGAUGACUACUGAUUCUGAUCCAAGUCAACAAUGGUGUGCUGACUUGAUGAGUCUUGACACUAUGACACCAGUAGAAAGAAAAAGACAGGGUUAUAUCCAUGAGCUCAUUCAGACAGAGGAGCGAUAUAUGGACGAUCUACAGCUUGUUUUAGAGGUUUUUCAUAAGGCAAUGGCAGAAUCGGGACGUCUUACAGAACAAGAAAUGGGGAUGAUUUUUGUUAACUGGAAAGAACUUAUUAUGUCCAAUACCAAGUUAUUAAAAGCACUUCGUGUUCGUAAAAAGACUGGUGGGGAAAGAAUGCCUGUACAGAUGAUUGGAGAUAUCCUUGCUGCUGAGCUAUCUCACAUGCAAGCCUAUAUUCGAUUCUGUAGUUGUCAACUCAAUGGGGCUGCACUGUUACAGCAGAAAACAGAUGAAGACUCUGACUUUAAGGAUUUCCUAAAGAAAUUGGCUGUUGACCCUCGGUGUAGUGGAAUGCCUCUCUCCAGUUUUUUACUUAAACCAAUGCAGAGAAUCACUCGCUAUCCACUUAUCAUUAAAAAUAUCUUGGAAAACACUUCUGAAAUACACCCUGAUCAUAGCCAUCUCAAACUAGCUCUGGAAAGGGCAGAGGAGUUAUGCUCUCAGGUUAACGAGGGUGUUCGGGAGAAGGAGAACUCUGACAGAUUAGAGUGGAUUCAAACGCAUAUCCAGUGUGAAGGACUCUCCGAGCAACUGAUCUUCAAUUCCUUGACUAACUGCCUGGGACCAAGGAAGUUGUUGCAUAGUGGCAAAAUGUACAAAACAAAGAGUAAUAAGGAGUUGUAUGGAUUCCUUUUCAAUGACUUUCUUCUUCUUACCUAUAUGGUUAAACAGUUUGUCUCUUCUGGCUCAGAUAAACUAUUCAGUCCCAAGUCUAACUCACAGUUCAAAAUGUAUAAAACUCCAAUUUUCCUCAAUGAGGUUCUUGUGAAGCUUCCAUCUGACCCUUCCAGUGAUGAGCCAGUUUUCCAUAUAUCCCAUAUUGAUAGAGUAUACACACUUAGAACAGAAAAUAUCAAUGAAAGGACUGCCUGGGUUCAAAAGAUUAAAGCUGCAUCUGAAAACUUCAUAGAAACAGAAAAGAAAAAACGAGAGAAAGCAUACCAAGCACGUUCUCUUAAAGCAGCAGGAAUUGGACGAUUACUGGUGAACAUCAUUGAAGCAACUGAACUGAAACCAUGCAAGCCUAAUGGAAAAAGUAAUCCAUAUUGUGAAAUUACUAUGGGAUCCCAAUGCUUCACAACGAGGACAUUGAAUGACACUUUGAAUCCAAAAUGGAACUUCAGCUGUCAGUUUUUCGUGAAGGAUAUAUAUCAAGAUGUACUGUGUAUCACUGUUUUUGAGAGGGAUCAAUUUUCACCUGAUGAUUUCUUGGGUCGCACUGAAGUACCUGUAGCAAAAAUCAAAAAAGAACAGGAGACAAAGGGCCCUUCCACAAAACACCUGCUGUUACAUGAAGUGCCAACAGGGGAAGUCUGGGUACGCUUUGACCUGCAGCUCUAUGAACAGAAGACUCUGCUGUAAGAUGUCGCCUACUACUGGUUUAUUACUUUUUGUUGAUGGAUACUGUAUAUUGAUUAAUGUCCAGCAAGUUAAAAUUGCACAUGGUGUCUUUCAAGCUAUUUUGUCCUUUUCACUGUUUUUGGCUAAAGUGCUGGCUAACUAUGCAACUUGAGCAGUGCUACUAAAACUGUGUGGACCAGGAGGGCUCUGCCUGUGACCCCAGAUGUUCUUGUGAAAAGGCCAGUGGGAACAAUGUGCCCCCUUAAAUGAACGGCUAGGAAAUUGGCACUAGUGUUGGCUGUUGCUAGCCUGCUCUGAUCUCAGGAUUCUUGUCAAGUCUUGGCACACUCAAAAAGGCCUCUUUUACCGCUUUGGAGGGCAAGCGCCAAAGCCAUCCUGGGUUUGCACUGUUCUGUAUAGUCCGUCAGACAUUUUUUUAUUGCCAAUGAUUGAAUUGUUUUAAUUAAAUUUUGAGGAAUACAGCAAAAUUUAUGAGGAAUAUUUUUCCCAUUUUGGAAUAUUUUGAUCUAUAUUUCUUAGGGAGAAAAAAGUAUUUUUGAGAAGUAUAUUUUUUUUCUUCACUACAAAACAGUUAUGUGUACAUAGAAGUCUUCCUGUAGUCUUGCCAAUGUGUUUAUUAAUGUAUAUAAAUAAUAUGGACUGGCACAGGCGGUUUAUUAGAGGUGUCCAUUUGGAGUAACUUUAGAUUUUUUUUUGUUCCCUUUAUCAAUAAUUUGAGGCAGAAUGAAAGAUUAUUUGAAUCAUACCCGAAUAAAUGGAAAACAUGUUUAAUUUUUAUUUAUAUUUUAAUUUAUAAAUGAAUAUUGUUUCAUUGGUGUCAUGUGCCUAGCUUUUCCUUUUUUUCUAUUUUAGGAAGUUUUCAAAUUUAAGACAAUUUAUUUAAUUUAUGUUUAAAAAGCUAUAAAGGAAAAAGCAAAUAUAUAUGGAGUCUUGAUUCAGAAAAUCACAGAAUGGUUUAUGGUUGUUGCUUGGCAUUGUUUAAUGUUAAUUCUGAAAUUCUUUAGAGCUGAAUUAUCUGCAUGAUCACUUGAGAAUAGCAUAAAAAUGUGAAUUCCUGCAAGUCUUUAAGAGAAUAAAUAUAUGAAAGAAUGCUAAAAGCUACUGAAACGGAACAGGUUAAAGGUAAAUGCAAAUCCAGACAUUUACUUCAUAGACAUCUCGAUGUUUUACAUAUUUUAAACUGAAUUUUAUCGCUUGAGUUAUUUUUAAUCUUUUUUUUGGUAAGAAAUGCAUCUGAAAAAUAAAACUUAAAUUUAAAAAUG